UGACGCUUUGUCGCGCCCGGAAGUCUUAUGUUUUUCACGUCCGGUUCAGGUUGUGAUUGUUUGGCGUAUGGUGAAGGUUUUAUAUUUAAGUUUGAUCGCUGUAUUAGUUUUUUAAGAAAGCAGCAAACAUGACUGAGGAAGUCCAGAAGCACUCGGUCCACACGCUUGUGUUUCGCUCCUUGAAAAGGACACAUGAUAUGUUUGUAUCAGAUCAUGCUAAACAAGUAGCGCUGGAUGAACAGAGCUACAAGAUGAAGAUGACAGUGAAGAUGAGAACAGAAUACAAGCCUGUGUUACAUAUGCCUGUGCUGAAAGAGGGCAGAGACAGAGGGCCUCUCCACGGCUCUGACCCAUAUGGCCAGCCGGGAUACCCACUGCCUGAUGCAAGUCCUGAUUAUUUGGUGACUGGAACUCAUCCGUAUCCAUCAGCUCCAGGAGUGGCCCUCACUGCAGAUACACAGAUGCAGAAGAUGCCCAGUGAAGCAGGUGUUCACUCCAUGGCACUGGCCCUUCCUCCCUCUCAAGCAAGGCAAGAAGCCAGUCGAACUGCUGCCAGUGUGGCAGAUAUCCACAGACAUGCAGGAGGUGCAGAGAGAUCUCAUCCCCCACAACACGCACUGUCUCUCAUGGAAGGAGGCACAAAGACUUCUGCACUGGUGCCAAGAAAGGCUCCUACCAUGCCCAAACCUCAGUGGCAUCCACCAUGGAAACUGUACAGAGUCAUUAGUGGUCACCUGGGCUGGGUCAGAUCUAUAGCAGUGGAGCCUGGAAAUCAGUGGUUUGUGACUGGAUCAGCAGACAGAACUAUAAAGAUCUGGGAUCUUGCCAGUGGUAAGCUGAAGUUGUCUCUGACGGGUCACAUCAGCACGGUAAGAGGGGUGGCCGUCAGCACACGUAGCCCGUACCUUUUCUCCUGCGGGGAGGACAAGCAGGUUAAAUGCUGGGAUCUAGAGUAUAACAAGGUUAUUAGGCACUAUCACGGUCAUCUGAGUGCAGUCUAUGACCUUGACCUCCAUCCUACUAUUGACGUACUGGUGACCUGUAGUCGAGAUGCCACAGCGAGAGUUUGGGACAUCAGGACCAAGGCAAAUGUCCAUACCCUUUCUGGACACACCAACACAGUGGCUACAGUGAAAUGUCAGAGUGCCGAGCCACAGGUGGUUACAGGAAGUCAUGACACCACCAUAAGACUCUGGGAUCUGGUCGCUGGCAAGACAAGAGCCACACUGACCAACCACAAGAAGUCUGUCAGAGCAUUGGUGCUCCAUCCCAGACAGUACACCUUUGCCUCUGGCUCUCCAGACAACAUUAAGCAGUGGAAAUGUCCUGAUGGGAACUUCAUCCAGAAUCUUUCAGGACACAACGCCAUUAUCAACACACUGGCUGUCAAUUCAGAUGGAGUUCUGGUUUCAGGAGCUGAUAAUGGCACUAUUCACAUGUGGGACUGGAGGACUGGCUACAACUUCCAGAGGAUUCAUGCAGCAGUGCAGCCCGGUUCUCUGGACAGCGAGUCUGGGAUCUUUGCAUGCGUGUUCGAUCAGUCUGAGAGUCGGCUCAUAACAGCAGAGGCUGACAAAACCAUUAAGGUCUACAAGGAGGACGACACAGCUACUGAAGAAUCCCACCCGGUUAAUUGGAAACCUGAGAUUCUGAAGAGAAAAAGAUUUUAAUUUUUUUUUUUUUUUUUUUCCUGAACGUUUCAUUUUGUUACAUUUUAGCCAGCUGAUUUCUAUGACAGUUUCUGCUUAAGGCAUAAACAUAAACGGCACAUCCACAAUUCAAGUCAGGAGACUUCAGAUCAGAUGAGACAUUUACCUAUUACCAAAACAGAAAAAAAAAUUGCAGUUGUAUACAUUUCUUGUAUACUAGGUUUCUUCCCUGUCUACUCUAAACACCAUUUGCAUGUCUGUGUACCCAGGCCUGCCAACUAUUCAUUCUGAACAGCAAGAAAUCCUACAGUGUAAUUACAAUGUCAGAUGUUAUUUUUCUCAUCUGAUUACUAUUGUUGCUCUAUCAGAGAGACAAACAAUACAACUUUGUAAAUAUUUGCAAACAAUGGCUGUUUAUGUUUGCCAAGUUUAAAUAAAUGGAGCAAUUGACGUUCA